GUCUAAUCCGUGAUUCGAGCGAUUUGAUCGUCAAUUUUCCUUUAUUUUCUAUUCUGGGCUUAUGGGUCUCAUUUGUCUCUUCUUCACGAUUUUGCCAGAUUAGGGAAAACAAAACCAGAAAUUAAAAUAAAGGUUUCUGACACUAUCGACCCAGAUUUUGAUUUUAUCAGGAGUUUUGGAUUUCUGUGUUGGAGAAGAAGGUGAAUCUGAAGCGAUCAGUAACAGCUGCCUUUCUCUCUCUCUCUCUCUCUCUCUCUCUCUCUCUAUCGGAUGAAUUCUCCGUUGAGUUGCAAGACUCUGAGACUCUUUUCAAAAUCGAUUGCUUGCAAAUGUCUUGUUCUUGUUGCUAUAGCUCUGUUCUACAGAGCUCUGAUGCUCUCUUACUCCCCAAGAAACGCUCUGAACAGUAGCUCAUUGAUUCUAGCCCGUUACAUGACAGAUUCCUCCUCAACCGGUGGAAUCCGGACUGAUAAGUUUCUCGAGGUUCCUCAGAUCGUGUGGGGAUUAAACAACCAGAAGAUAGCUUUUGCCAGAGCUUGCUUGACGGCGAGAAUGAUGAACAGAACGCUUCUCAUGCCUAGUCUAAGUGCUUCCUUGUUCUACAAGGAAGUCGAUAAGCUUCGUCCGAUUCCGUUUGAUAAAGUGUUUCAGUUCGAAAGAUUCAACUCUAUGUGCAGCGGGUUUGUGCGGCUUGCUAGGUUCUCUGAUGUUAGAAACAGAACACAAGUGUUUGAUCUCGAGAAAGGUAGUGGAAGAAGAUGGACAGUGGAGAGAGACUUGAAACAGUUGAAACAAUCCGCAGGUAACGGAUCAAUCGAUGAGUUUGAAGUGAUCCGUAUCAUAGGGAAAAACCCGUUCUUGUGGCACGAUCAUUGGCCUGUAAAGGACUAUGCUAAGGUCUUUGAGUGUAUGGUUGUGGUUGAUGAAAUCGCAAGAGAAGCAGAUAUAGUUGUGAUGAAAAUCAGAGAAGCACUAGAACUCAGAACCGGAAUCCAGAGUCCUAUUCUUUUUGUUGCGGUUCACAUGCGGAUAGAGAUAGAUUGGAUGAUACAUUGUAAGAAACUAGAGCAAAGAAAAAAGGUUUCAGAGAUUUGUAGCAGUAAAAGAGAGAUUAUGGAGAGAGUAGGGAACAUUUCCGGUUUAAAGACUCCAACGGUUCUUUACCUUGCGGUAGCGGAUAGUCUCUUGGAAGAAAAAGAAGAGGAUUCAUCGGUUUUAACGGGUUGGAGAGACGGUUUAAUACCUUUUGAGAAGAAGAAGCUUGGGGUUAAAGAGGAGAUUUACGGCAAGUAUUCGUAUUUGAUUCAGUCUGCUAUAGAUUACGAGGUGUGUUUAAGAGCAGAUGUUUUUGUUGGUAAUAGCUAUUCGACUUUCUCUAGUCUCAUUGUUCUUGAGAGGACGCAGAAGGCGAGAAGGUUAGGGUUUAUGAGUUCUUGUGAAGAUGGUGAAAACGAGUGGAGAUCGUAUGCUUAUAAUCUGGCUGGAGAAUCAAAGGGAGUUCCAAGGAGAUGGAUGACGAAUAUGACUCAUACGAACUUGCAAGCUAUUAGCUAUGGCUCUAACUCUGUUUCUUGUUCAAGUGGGUGAAAUUAUCAUUUCAGAGUUAGUUUUUUGGUCGAUCUUUUUAUACAAUUCGUUUAUUGGUGGGGUACAAAGUUGUGUAGAUUUUGAUAGGAAAAGAAAAAAGGCAAUGCUGAAAUGUUCUUUUCUUCAUUUUGUUUUUCAAACUUAUGUCUUCUU